AUGCCUGCUUACAUUGAUCAAUCUUUCGAACAAUUUCAUCUUCAUGUCUCAAAUUUACCGGCUGAUAUAAAUGCUCAACGUAUUACUGAUGUUUUUCAAGAUUUCGGUAUCAUUACUAAAUUAUAUUUGAAGCGUCGUAUCUCAAAACAUUCAUCAAUAUCAUUACCGAAUCCAUUCGUAAUUCUUAUAUUUGAAAGAAGAGAAAGCAUUGAUAAAAUCAUGAGUGAGCGUCCAUUUUUUAUAAGUGAUCAUCAACUUUUUGUACGUCGCUGCCUACCAAUCACCCGACGAUAUCCUUAUGAAAUGCAUCUUAAUACAAACAAAAUACUUGUACGUAUACCACGAGAAAAUCCCGAUGAAAUAUUACCUUGUGAUAAAAUAAUUAUGGAUUAUUUAAAAGCAGCUGGCGGUGAAAUUCUACGUUUAGAAAGAUUUGAAGAACAAACUGUUUUAGUUGAAUUUGAUGAUUAUGAUUCAGUCGAUAUAUGUUGUUUAUCACGGCCUCAUUUUAUUAAUAACCAAUUGAUUGAAAUAGAAAAAUGUCGUGAUGAAGAACAAGCUCGACGUCGUGCUCAAUUUAGACAAAAAUCUCAUUUCGUAUCUCUCACAGUUUCAUCAAUGUUAACUGCUAGUGAUGUCGAUAUACAGCCGUGCAAUAUAAUAUCGCCAACGCCAACGCCAACGCCAACGCCAACAUUAAAUAUUAAUGAACAAGUUGCUAAACUUCGACUGACAUAUGAUGAAAUGAAUAAUCGUGUGGAGAAUGAACAUGAACAACUUAUUUCUUCAUUGAAAACUGAAUGGGAACAAAUAGCAACAGAACGUAUUCGUUUACAACGUUUAACACUUGAUUAUAAACAAGAAUGCGAUCGACUUAUUGAAGACAAUCGACAUUUGAAAAGUCUACUUAGUGAAUGUUUAUGA